AUGGCCUAUAAUAUGUGCUCGUUGUUUUACAAAUAUCUAUAUAAACACUGUGUAAAUUGGGAUAUAUUAUUACAUUUACAUAAGCGUAAUUUAAAAGUUGUACAACAUUUUUUGCACAGUAAACCUGCUGUAAUUUUAGGAAUAGAAUCUAGUUGUGAUGACACAGGCUGUGGAAUUGUUGAUAGUAAUGGAACUAUAUUAGGUGAAGCAAUUCAUUCUCAACAACUUACUCAUUUGAAGUUUGGAGGAAUAUUGCCACCAAUUGCAAGAACAAUGCAUAUUAACAAUAUUACAAAAGUCUGUGAAGAUGCAUUGAGAGCUUCAAAUCUGAAGCUAAAAGAUAUUGAUGCGAUAGCUACAACUGUAAAGCCUGGGCUUCCUAUGUCACUUGCUGUUGGAACACAAUUUGGGAAAUAUUUAGCAAAAAUUGGAGAAAAACCUUUCAUACCGAUACAUCAUAUGGAAGCUCAUGCUUUGACUGCAAGAAUGACAGAAACAGUUGAUUUCCCAUAUCUCGUUUUAUUAGUUUCUGGAGGCCACUGUUUACUGGCUGUCGUUGAAAAUAUAAGUAAAUUUUUUCUGCUUGGUAAUAAUUUAACUAAUGCCCCUGGAGAAAUAUUUGAUAAGAUUGCCCGAAGACUCAAAUUAAAAAAUAUUCCAGAACUUAGUUCUUUAAAUGGUGGACUAGCUAUAGAAAUUGCAGCGAGUAAAGCAUCAAAUAUUGAUCAAUUUCCAUUUCCAUCUAUUAUGUUGAAAUAUCGUGAUUGCAACUUCAGUUUUGCUGGAUUUCAAUCCAUAUGUAACAAGUAUGUUGAAUUAGAAGAAAUAAAGCAUAAUAUAAUUGGUGAUAUGGUGAUUCCUGAUGUAUAUAAUUUAUGUGCAGCAGUUCAGUUAUCUGCUGUAGUACAUAUUUGUCAAAGAACUCAAAGAGCAAUGGAGUAUAUUAAUAAAAUGUCAUUAUUUCCUGAAAACAAACGGACGCUAGUUGUAUCUGGAGGAGUAGCAUCUAAUAAUGUCUUAGCCAAGGCGUUGAAUAUUCUGUGUGCAGAACUAGGUUAUAAUUUUGUCAGAACUCCACCAAAAUUAUGUACUGAUAAUGGAAUAAUGAUAGCAUGGAAUGGAGUGGAAAAAUGGAUUACAGAUACAGAUGUUAUUAGAGAUCUAAAUGAGAUUGAAAAGAUAAAAGUACAAAAGAGGGCUACCUUUGGUGAAAGUUGGAUUGAAAAAGUACAAUCAGCAAAUUUAAAAUGUCAGUGGGUGAACAUAAAAAAGAAACUUUUCUAA